UUUGUCCGGAGCUCUUCUUCACAAACCGGAAUAAAGCGAAGGCGAGCGGAGGAACGCUGUUGGAGGGGGUUGAUAGAACACACUCUCCGCCGGAAUUUCUCCACCUAUUGAUCCAGGACGGGGAAAAAACCCCACUUUUACCCCCCGUGGCGGUCCUACAGCUGGACUAGUGGACUUCCUUUCACAGAUCCAGGUUGGACGUUAGAUUUGAUCAGUCUGAUCAGCUGUCCGAGAGCUAAUGUUCGAUCCUUCAGGUUCCAACUCAACACACUUUCGUUUCUGAUCUCCGGGUUAGUUUAGUUGCAGGUUAUGUGUCAGUCAUGCCAGCGAAGUGUUUGAACAGAACAUAACAUAACAACAUCGCAUCGCAGCUAGCGACGGAGGAACUAGCCAGAGCAAUUUUAACAGAGUUUCAGACCGAGGGGAAGCUGCACAACUAACCUGUUAACUAGCUCAACUAACUAGUUCCAUUUGUGCCUGCCAUUGUUACAGCGAACUAAUAACUCGGUAGUUAAAGGUCUCUUUGCAUUCCUUUGCUAGCUCAGCAAAUGCUCGCAGGUAAAUGCUGAGUGUUUUUAUUAACAUAUUAUUUCGACUAGAAGGACAGACUUGUUUAACCAGUUUUGGUCUUUUCUUGGGGUACGUGGCGUUUUUCUCUCUCUCUUUUCUGACCUGGCUGAACGGAUAGCUAGCUAUGUCAUUUUGCAACCUUCCUAUAUGCUCAGAUUUCAGCAUUAGGUCCUGUACUCGGUUUGAACGCUGUUAUGGUAAUAUUAGCUAACAUCAGCUCAGUCAAUCAGUUCAUCCAGGUGUAACACUGACACUUGGGAUCUUAUUUGUACUAGAUAGCUAGCUAGAUUCUUUUUAUAUAACCAAAUACACGAUCAAGGGUGACUGGGUUAGUAUUUAGUUGGAUAAUUUUGUGAGUUGUGUUUUUUUUGUUGUUGUUGUUGUUGUUUUUUAAUAUACACAAGCAGUCACUUUACUGACUCAAGGUUUUGUGAAAUCUGCUCAUAUUAGUGAGCUGUUAAGCUGUCUUGGUUUUGGAGGGAUUUUUUUUUGGAGAGACGGAGAGAAACUCGUCCAACUGAUCAGUAGUCAGUGUUGAGGAGAAACAUGUCAGGACAGAGCAUCACAGACCGCAUCGCAGCGGCGCAGCACAGCAUGACCGGCUCCAGCAUCAACAAAGCCGUGUGUAAGGCCACGACCCAUGAAGUGAGCGGCCCCAAGAAGAAACACCUGGACUACCUGAUCCACUGCACCAAUGAGAUGAACGUGAACGUGCCCCAGCUGGCUGACACCCUGUUCGAGCGGACGGCCAGCACCAGCUGGGUGGUGGUUUUCAAAGCCCUCAUUACCACACACCACCUAAUGAUGUACGGCAAUGAGCGUUUCAUUCAGUACCUGGCCUCGAGAAACACUCUCUUCAACUUGAACAAUUUCCUGGAUAAAGGUGCAUUGCAAGGCUACGACAUGUCCACCUUUAUCAGGCGCUACAGUCGCUAUCUGAAUGAGAAGGCUCUGUCCUACCGGCUCGUAGCUGUCGACUUCACCAAGAUGAAAAGAGGUAUUGAUGGAGUGAUGCGCACCAUGAAUACAGAGAAGCUGAUCAAAACUCUGCCCAUUAUUCAGAACCAGCUGGACGCGCUGCUCGACUUUCAGGCUAAUCCUAACGAGCUCACCAAUGGUGUGAUUAACACUGCCUUCAUGCUGCUUUUUAAAGACUCCAUUCGUCUGUUUGCCGCCUACAAUGAGGGGGUCAUCAACCUGCUGGAAAAAUAUUUUGAUAUGAAGAAGAACCAGUGCAAAGACGCUUUGGACAUCUACAAAAAGUUCCUGUACAGGAUGACCAAGCUGUCAGAGUUUCUCAAAGUAGCAGAGCAAGUUGGGAUUGAUCAUGGUGACAUCCCAGAUCUCACUCAGGCUCCCAGCAGUCUGCUGGAGGCUUUGGAGCAGCACCUGGCCUCUCUGGAGGGCAAGAAGACUAAAGAGUUCUCUGCAGACAGCAGAGCCAUCACUCUGUCCAGCGCCGUGUCGUCCCUCUCAAACACAGGCAUGUCCUUCACUCGCGUGGAUGAGAAGGAGAAACAGCAGGCCCUAGAGGAGGAACAGGCCAGACUGCAGGCUCUCAAGGUGGGCUACAGCAUUCCUGACCAGCGCCUGAAAGAGAUUAGCAUACAUACUCCCUCUGCAUCUCCUGCUACUCAGUCUGCAAGCAGUGCCAACAACCACAGUGCGGCAGUGGAUCUGUUCACCAACCACAGCACCGCCCCUGUCACCAACAGCGUACCAAACCUCACCAGCGACCUGUUUGACCUCCAGCCAGCAUUCAUCCCUGCCGCGCAGAGCACUCCAUCCAUAUCCACAGCCAGCAGUGCCUGGGGAGGUCUAGAGAGCGGAGCUCCCCCGCAGGCUGCUCGUAUUUCCACCAUGAAUGUAGAUUUUGACGCAGUGUUUGGGAUUCAAGGUGCCAGUAGCGAUGUGAAGCCAGCAGCUGGGUUCGAAUCUCUAGGAGACCUGUUGAAGCCCACUUUACCAGCUCACAAUCAGGCUCCCAUGAUGCCCCCACACACAGGAGGCAAGCUGCUGGCCAAUGACCUCGACUCCUCCUUGGCGAACCUCGUGGGCAAUCUGCAGUUUAGUGGAUCUUCAGUCAAAAAACCGGACAUGCAGUGGACACAGACUGGGGAGAAGAAGAUGACCGGUGGCACUAACUGGCAGUCCAAAACCAUGAGCAGCACAACUGCCUGGAGUCCUGCCCCCAUGCCACCUGCUCCCAUGCCUGUGCCCCACAUGCAGGCUCCGGCCCCCAUGGCCUUCCCCAUGACCACACCUCAAGUGCCUGUGUAUGGAAUGGUCCCUCCUCAGAUGGGUCAGAUGGGAGGGGUUCCAGUGAUUACACCACAGCCCAUGAUGUACCAGCCUGUCAUCAGGUCCACCAACCCAUUUGCUCCAGUUCCUGGAGCUCAGAUGCAGUUCAUGUAGUAGCGUUGUGUAGCGGUGUGGCAAACAGGACGACCGAAUGAACCACAGAGCAAGUCGAGCAAGAGAGAAGAGACUGAUACACCACCCACCAUCGCGUUCAGGGAGCUGGAGGAGGACUGAUGAAGCAUAUGACAGGAGAGUGAGAGAGAGAAAUGCAGAAGGGAGGAGUACAGGAGAAGCAGAACGUUAUUUUUUGCCAAGACUCUUAACAUUGCUAUCUGACAUGGCUUUCUCUCACUCUCUCUCACACACACACACACACACACACACACACACACACACACACACACACACACACACACCACAACAGGGUAUCAGAUCAGCCUGUUAUGUUUUUUUCUCUGUUUUGUUUUUGGGUUCUUUUUUAAAAAUGAUUGUUGGCUUGUCUGUGUUUUAUACAUCAUGGGUUCAUUUGAUCAUGUCCUGAGGAUGGUGUUUUGGCAAAUCAUUUGUUUCUAAAUCAGGUUUCAUGUCCGGAGUGACGACAUUGCUUUGCUAUGUUCCUAAGAUGGCCCUGAGCACUGUGUUUGGGUUCGAGCUGGGUGUGGAGGCACGGGCAGGACGCUAUUCUCCACCCAGGCUAGUCCUGUCUGGUUAGUCCCGCUCUCACCACAUUAAACACGUCACCGCUUUUCUUCAAUGAAUCAUUGUCGAGCUCUUUGAUUUCAGUUCCAUUGUGACGCGAGCCAAACGAGUCUAAAAGCUCCGGUAAAUUGUGAUGUUUGGCAUUUCCCAGCACUUUAACUCCAGCGGGUCUCUGCAGGUUUGGAUGCGUUUUCACUUAUUCAGAAACCAAAUUCUUUCGACAUCUCGUUAGUGAACGUUUCGGGUCAACCGUAAACCGUCCCGUGAUCCGUCCGUCCUGUGCGUCGGAAGACGGGCGCAUUGGAAAGCCGUACUGGCGCUCCCACACUCAGGCUCUUGAUUUUUUUUGGUUGCGUUUCAUUCCUCUUGCCUGUUCAAGAAGAGUCUAGUUCCUCUUCUUGAUCCUCUGCCCCUCUAGACUAACUAUCUCUGUAUUGUAGUCUAACUAGCGCUAACCCACCCCCUGCGAAUGAGAGAUUAUGGAGGCCGGUCCUGUUAGACCUCCUCUAUCUAAGCACUUACAUAUAUGACCUGUCCGAUCAUUUGUAGUUUUAUAUAUGCCUGUAAACAGGGUCUUAGCUUCAUGCUAAUACUGAUAUUAGACAAGACAUAUAAUGCUCUUUUAAAUGUUGAUUGAUUGAUGUUUGUUAUAAGAAACAGGGCUCUAAAGUUUGAUAUCAGUAUUUGAGUAAUUUAGAAUAUUUUUAAAACAAAAUUAUUUAACACUUGUUUUAGCCAAGAGUAAUGAUUUUUUUUUUUUUUUAACUGUUCACAUGGUGAACUUUAGACCUUUUCUACUACGUGUGUGUGUGUGUGUCUGUAUGUAUGUAUGUAUGUAUGUAUGUAUGUGUGUGUGUGUAUGUGUGUGUGUGUGUGUGUGUGUGUGUGUGUGUGUGUGUAUGUAUAUGUGUGUAUAUAUAUAAUAUAAUAUAAUAUAAUAUAAUAUAAUAUAAUAUAUACAUACAUAUAUACACGCACACUACCGGUCAAAAUUUUUGACACACUGAUUGUCCCCCCCCCCCCCCCCCAUUUUAGAAUAAUAAUAAAGUCAUCAAAACUCUGGAGUAAUAUGGGAGUCAUGUUGUGAUAAAAAAAAAAUAAAAAAUCCAAAAUAAUGUCAUAUUUUAUCAUCUUCAAAGUAGACGCCCUUUUUGCCUAGAGUUUCCAGAAAUGUAUUCUUGGCAUUUCCUCAACCGAUUUCUUGAGGAAUUUCCCCUGAGAUGCUUUUUAAACAAUAUUAAAGGAGUUCCCACCUACGCUGGAAACCUAUUGGCUCCUUUUCGGAAUAUUUUGCUCAAGUCAUCGGUUUAAAAAUAAUAUUUUUUUUGUAAAUAAAAUGUUAGUUUUCUAAUGAAAGAAAUGAAUGUCAGCACGAUUUCUAUUUUUAUCUACAAGCCCGAUUUCAAACGUUUAAUCGUGCACCUUCCGCUCAAAAGCUUUUUAAGAUCAUGAGGAACAUUUCAGUCGAGUCUUUCCAAACUUUUGACUGGUAGUGUACGUCGAGUUCCUCCUGUAGACGACUACAGGUUUUCCUGAACUGAAAUAUAUUUCUCUCUUUCUUCUAGCUCAACCAGAAUGAAAGUUCUAGCAUGUUAAAUCCUGGUUCUCUCCCAAAAGUGAAAAGGCGGAGCAUGACAUUUAAAGAUUUGGUUCGGACUGCGGUGCCAGCGCAUGGCUGACAUUUGGACAGCCGCUAUCAGAUUAUAACUGAAUUGAUUAAACUUCUGACUGUUUUGCAACAGCAUGCAACUUUUCAAACCGCGUGAUCGAAUAAUGCGAUGUUCACAGUUUGCUAAACCGUGGCUCCUUAUUUACUAAUAUCUUUUCAGGAAUAUUGCCAGGGCAAGAUUAAAUAGUUUUGAUUGCCCUUGUUGUAGUGAAAAUAUCUUUUUUUGUUUGUUUUCUUAAAGCCGAGAUGUCAAAGUAUGUAACGGGCAUGACGCCGAAACGACGCGUUCCCCGCCAAUAAUGUAGUAUCCUUUAUCCCGAGGGGGGGAGGGGGGGCAGAAAACAUUAACAGCUUUUUUUUGUUCUGAAACGCGCCGUGCUGCGAUUUCAAUCUGCCAGUGGAUAUUUUUGUUUGAAUUUCACUAUGACACAGGAUCGAAGCUCUUACGAUCGGGACGUCGUCAGUUAUUUUCAUCUGAACGCCACGAGUUUGAAAAAGAAAAAACGAAAGCAGACGCGAUUUCGCUUUCGCGGCGUUCUGCGAUUAAAGCUGCCAGAUUAACAGUUGUGAUUUCAAUUUGCUGUGAACAUAUGCUAUCUCCUUUUCCACCCCCUCCCACUGUCCAGGCACAGAGCCAUGUUAAAAUAUUCUCUCUGGCGUUGGGGAGGAAGUGAAGAACUGUGCGCCAAUAUUAUUGAAAGAAAUUAGUGCCUGGUAUUUAUUGCAAAGUUUACUUUUUCUUCUCUUGGAUAAAACAAAUAUGUACAAAGUGCGAGUGUUGUCAUGGAAGCGCUGGCGAAGAAGCGUUUCCAUGGAAAAGGCAGCUUGAAGCGCUUUGUUUUUAUGCUUUCUGUCUCACUCUAGUCACUGUGGUGAGCGUAAUGGCAUGUGGGGCCGGAGCUCCGGCUCGGAUCUGUACUCUCCUGCCGUCGAGGUGAUAAUGCCAUCCUUAUUUUAAUAAUCUCCUCCUUGCCUGUCAGGCACUCCUCUGGAGGAAAGAGAGGGAAGACGAGGCGGUAGGAAGGCUCCAUGCUGCUUAGGUAUGAGCAGGGGAAAUGUCAGGCAUGCGCACGUAAGCAGGUGUGCGUACAGUACAUCUCUGUACUGGCAUGGGAGCUCGCCUGGGGUCCCCCUGCACUAGCAAGUGACAAGGACAAGUUUCAUUCAUUGUCUUUUCGAAUGCAUUACUAGACUAAAAGGCAAGACUAAAUCCAUCACUGCCGUGUGCUUCGUCCUUUCUCUCAUUAAUGUGGUGCACACGCCGUUUACCCAUGAUUCACUCACUCUGAAAUGAACCACACAAACAUAAGAGUGGGGUGGCGUGUGUUUAUGAAAGGAGCUCCCGUGAUUGGCUGGGAGAACUGGUUUCUGUUUCCUGUACUCUGUCAUUUUCCCACUCUCGCAUAAUCUGACCCACGGGCCUACGUCUUUCCGAUGUCUGCUCCUCGAUUUGGCUGGCGAGACGUAAGGUACUGAAUCUGGGACGGAAAAAUGCACGCGUCACUUAAUUUGACUGAACAUGCACAAAAUUUGUCACCGAAAUAGUGCCUUUAGGUACAGCACUUCGCCCUCUGGGACAUCUGUAAACCAUUCCUUCUCAAGAUUCAAGUCUUUUCCUACAUGCACUUGGCUGUGCAGUGGAGGACAGAGGACAGCAUAAAAUCAACGUCCUGCAUUUUAUCUCCAUCAGGCGAGCACAGGCUCUAGGCUUGUUACGCGCGGACCAGUUACUGUCACUCCCUGAGACGUGGAGAUCGAAUUUAAAUGUAAAACGCUUCAAGCAAUCCUGGGAUUAUUGGGAAUCUACUUCACAAACGAGAUCCUCUUCUUCAUUCAGGGGCUCAGUAUUUGACUGACUCAUGAAGUGUUCAAAUGAGUAAAAGAAUUUUUAACCCCUUUUUUUUUUUUUUUUUUUUUUUAAAGCUAGAUGGCCUCUGUGUGGGCGUGUCUGUGUUUGCAUAAUUGCUUGGGGUGCAUCUGACAACCUGCAGCUUAGUUAUGAAGCAUCAAAGCACCACAUCUAAAUGAUUAGCUCCAGUAAAUUCUUCAGAACAAUCUUAAUGUUGGGCGGGGGGGAAAAAAAAAAAAAAAAAAAGCCACUGCCGACGUUGGCAUACUGAACGGCUCGGUCAUGUACGGACCUCUGAGCGUAAACGAAUGGCCGCUGGUUGUGUUGUCGCGGUGUGAAUGUGGGAUGAGGACAUGCCCUGACGUCGGUCAUGUGAUCACAGUGAGACGGCUGCUGUUAAAGUUUGCAAAUGUUCUUCCUUCUCUUCGGCAUUUUAUUUAUUUUGUGGGGGGUUUUUUUCUACACACAGCCCAGUAAUGUUUAUAAAAGGAGCCAAUUACACAGCAAUUCAAAACCAUUUUCCGGGAGAGUAGAAGAUGGGGAAUAAGCGAUGCGCAAUUUAAACGCAGCAGAGUGUGUUUUAAGUAGCAUGCUUGUUUUCUCUCUGCACUCCUCUGCUUCUGUAUUAUCUCCCCCUUUCAACGUCGCAGUGAAACCCCGCCCCCACUGUGUGUGCAUAUGUGUGUGCACGUGUGUGUGGAAUUAAGCUCAUGGGUGUUUAUGAUGAUCUUCAGAACCAUUGAUUGUUUUUAAAGGAGCACUUUGUCAUUUCAGAGACUUGUACAAACCCUGACACGUAUCCCGUACCCUUAACCGCGACCCCCUUGUGAGUUAUCUUUGCAAGAAAAGCAAAAAGGGCUGAGUGGCUCUGCUGUGGGGCGGAGCCAUGUUCAGGGCCAGAAAAAUGUCAGCAGAAGCCUGAAACAGUACAGAAAGUAGCAAUACCGACAGUAGUGAAACGACAAAUAUGGCAAUAUUGUGAGUGGCACUUUUGCAGAUGGUAUGAUUAUUUCAGGUCCAGAAACACGCAAAUUGCAAAUGGCUUCUUUAAAUAUUGGAGCAUGUUUUGGCAUUCUAUAACGUCGCCUUGUGUUUUUGUAUCGAUCUGUUUAACUUGGAGCGUUUAAUUUUUUUCAGGCUCUGCCUGCUACUUUUCUAUCCGUUUGCUCUGUUUUGCAUGUUUUUAGCAGCUUUGCAUGCAGUUAUGUAAUGGUGUGUGUGUGUGUGUGUGUGUGUGUGUGUGUGUGUGUGUGUGUGUGUGUGUGUGUGUGUGUGUGUGUGUUGCACUUCCGGUUUUGUCAGGGGACAGUAGUGAGAACUCGGUGUUGUGUCGGUGGGUUUGUUUGUUUGUUUUUGUCAGUAGAGAUAAAAGCUUUGAUCUUAUCUAUAAUUUUGUUGACUUGUUUUUCGUCAAAGGUGAACGGAGAAUGGUUUAACCGGAAUCUGAAUAAUAUCUUCAUGACCUUUAAACCUUGUGUUCUGUUUGUUACUCAGCAAUAGAUGUACUGUUCAUGACUCAUAUUGACUUUGGGCAACUGAAAAAGGAUAUCUGAAAUGACCAAACGUAGAAACAUGGAUGUUUUUGGUGAACAGUAAAGACACAUAAAAAGACUUCUCAUGCCUGGUGCUGCUCCUGUGUGUAAUCAGAUCGUGCAAACAAGACGUGGGAUAAUAGAAAUACACUAUGGCCAAAAGUAUGUGGACAUCUGACCAUCACACCCGUAUGUGGUUCUUCCCCAGACUGUUGCCACAAAGUUAGAAGCACGCAGUUAUCUACAAUGUCUUUGUAUGCUGUAGCAUUACGAUUUCCCUGCACUGGAACUGAGGCCCAAACCUGUUCCGGCAUCACUAUGUCCCUGUGCACAAAACGACCUCCGUGAACACUUGGUUUGCCAAGUUUGGUGUACAAGAUCUCGAGUGUCCUGCACAGAGCCCUGACCUCAACCCCACUGAACACCUUUGGGAUGAACGUUAGUGACGGACCUCGCUAACGCACACGUGGUUAAACGAGCACAAAUCCUCACGAAGCCUUUACAACAGAGUGGAGGCUGUUCUAGCAGCGAAUGAGGACCUACUCCAUAUUAAUGCUCAACAAGCACAUAUGGGUCUGAUGGUCAUGUGUCCACGUAUUUAUAAUGUAGGAACCGGGUAUAGCAGAUCGCACCAAGAGUAAACAAGUAUCCUUUUUGUUGUUCAGCGGUUUUUAUUAUGGUUCCACUUUAGGUUUAAAAUAAAGGAGGGGUCGUCUUGACCAGAUCAGAACACAAAGGUCGAAGAGCCGUUGCCUGCUGUGAAUUAUUUACUAACCGUAUUGAAAUUCCUAGGAAAAGUGAAAAUGUCUGGGCAUUUAUUUUGGUUUAGGGUUUGAACCAAAAUAAUAAUAAUAGUAAUAAUAAGAGCAACAAGAAGUUUAAUUUCACCUUAAAUGGACCUAGUUCGACUUGGUCUGAGUUUAUAGCACUUAUUGCACUCCUGUAUCUCUACAUCCCUCUAGUGGACAUUAGCAGUAUUGCAGCACGUUUUCUGUUUGGCUUUGGGAUUUUACUGUGUCUUUGUGAUGUGUAUUUUAGGCAAAUCUAUUUCUAAAAGCUUUGAACCCCCUCUGACAUGAAGGCAUGAAGCUGAAGGUGUGUCGGAGUCAACCCGAGUGAGACGAACUCCUUUUAAUCUCCAUCUGAUCCGAGUCAGGCGUGUAGCUCUAGGCGGCUCUAGGUCCUCCAAACCUCCUGCGCAUAUUGUGAAGCCCAGCUUUCAACCUGACCUCAGUGCUAAACCUAAAAACGCCAGACAGGAGCGUCCUCCAGUUUAUUUCAUCAUAUUUAUACAGGGCUCAUCAGCUCAUUCGGUCAUCAGGAUGCCUUUAAAGAAAGAACAGAAAACCCUGUGGUUUAAGUGGUGGUCAUUUUUGUCAAACCUUAUGCACAUGCACGCUACAUUUAUUUUAAUUCUUUUUUUAUUGUUAUUUUUUUUAAUCUAGUGGUUUGUGGACUUUUGUUGCUGCCUGACAUAGUCAUGUAUAUAUACACAUACUCUGCAAUUUGAACAUUUUAAUCCCCUUUUAUUUUGCUUCUGAUCUUCUGAACUGGAGAUAAUUGCCUCUUAUAUAGAUAUAUACAGAUUUAUAUAUACACUGUCUCUGUGUAAGUGCCGGGGUGGAAAGCUGCAGAUUUUUAAAUUCAUCGUCAUCAUCAUCAUCAUCGAUGCCUAAAGAGAGGAAGAGUGAGUGGAGAGACCCCUUUGUACAUUUUUUUUCUAUUUAUUUAUGCAGAAUAUAAAGAUUUUAAUACGCAUGGUAAAUACAUACAGCAUAAAAUCAUGGAAGUUUUUUUUGUUGUUGUUCUGUUUUUGUUUUUCAUUUUACUUCAUUCUUUUUACCAAAAGAAAUAAAGUCAUUUUUCUUUCCUAAA